CUGCCUCAGUGCGAGUUUCGUCUUCAUUCCGCCCUCGAGUUCACCCCUCCUCCCGGCCCCAAAAACCCAUCCGGACACCCUGUUCUCCGUUGCCAUCCUUCCCAUCAUCUUAGACCCCCUCAGCCCCUCUCCCCCCCCCUCCACUUUGUCUCUCAUCCGCUCGGCCUGGAUGGUAUCCUCUUGGGUCUGGCCAGCUGUCGCAUCGACGGAGAGGAAAUGAGCUGUCCUUCGCUCGGCCGGUCAAGCGAUCACUUUUGCGAAGAUGUGCUCCUCCGGUUGGCCUGCAUGCGUCAACCAGAAGGGACAAUCAAAUCGGUGCCUUUUUCUCCCAGUUUUGGGCUCAACCGACAGACUUAUUGCUACUCAAACAGACCGCAAUUUCCUGGGCACUAUCGCCCAAUCGCUUACCUCACACACCUGCUCCCAGUCACAAAUUGUCCCGCCACACCCGUCCGAUCCGACCCCUGGGCUGUGUGA